AUGCCAAAAUAUGCAAAAUUCCUCAAAGAGCUGCUAACCAAUAGGAAAAAGAUGGAAGAAGUAAAGAAGGUGGUCCUAAAUGAGAACUGCCCAGCUGCUAUGUUGAACAAACUUCCUAAGAAGAAAGGAGAUCCGGGAAGCUUAACAUUGCCAUGCCAAUUUGGAAACUUAACUACCAUUUAUGCAUUAGCUGAUUCAGGGGCAAGUGUAAAUCUCAUGCCUUACUCAUUUUUCAAAAGGUUAGAUCUUCCCGAGCCAAGGCCCAUUCGUAUGGAAAUACACCUAGUAAACAAUACGGUUACAUUUCAUAGGGGAAUUUGUGAAGAUCUUUUGGUGAAAGUGGACAAGUUCGUGUUCCCUAUGGACUUUAUAGUUUUAGACAUGGAAGCGGAUCCCUAA